AUGAAGAUUCUGUAUUGGAACAUUCGGGGUGUUAGGAAGGCAGCAGGGUUGUGCGCUUUACGUCUACUGGUGAAGGAGCAUGCCCCGGAUGUGUUAUGCUUGGCUGAACCCAUGGUUCAGGUAUGUAAAUUUCCUGUUAUUUUCUUUAGUCAAUUGGGGUAUGCUGUGGAUUUCAUUCAUAAUUUUCGGGAUGACAAAGUCCCAAAUUUAUGGAUUAUAUGGAAGUUGGGGGUUUCGAGACCAGUUGUUGCAGGUAUGUCUGAUCAAUAUAUAUCAGUCAUCUUUGAUUGGCCAGGUAGUAAAGUGGGUAUUUCUUUUGUACAUGCAAGUUCUUUUAAAAUUAUGCGUAGGCAAUUGUGGUUAGAUUUGGAGUUGUCGAUAUCAGAUUUGGUUCCGUGGUCUGUGAUGGGGGAUUUCAAUGCAACCCUGUUCUCGCAUGAGAAAAGAGGUCCUGGUAAGUUUAAUCUUGGAUCAGCUGCUGAAUUCCAGGCAAUGGUUGAUGCGUGUGAAUUGCUUUCUAUCCCUUCUCAGGGAAAGAAAUUCACUUGGACUAAUAACCGUCGAAGGGGUCAUUCAGUUGCAGUGUUGGAUCGGAGUUUUUGUAAUGGGAAGUGGAUAGAUGUGUUUAGAAAUGUGAAGCAGCGUGUUUUGGUGUCUUCGGUAUCAGAUCAUGCUCCUUUAAUGGUUGUCUCUGAUGAUGUUCAAAGACCUACAAAUAUCCCCUUUAGAUUCCAUAGCUUUUGGAUGGAAAAUGAUCAAUUUAUCUCUGUGGUUGAGGAAGCUUGGAAAACUUCGAUAGGGGGUAAUCCAAUUUUCGUUCUGGCACAAAAAUUAAAGCAGGUCAAGGAGAAUUUAAAGGUUUGGGCAAGGGCCAAUUUUCCUAACCUGAAUGAUGAGGUCGAUAAAGCAAAGCUGGAAUUAAAGAAGGUUCAAGAUAUGAUAGAGGUGGCUGGGAUGAAUGAUGAAUUAUUUAACAGAGAGGCAGAUGCAAAAACAGUAUUAUUGAAGGCCAACCAAAUGUACGAGAAGUUGUGGGCUGAAAAAGCUAAACUGAGAUGGAUGAAAAAUGGAGAUUGUAACUCGAAGUUUUUUCAUCUCUCCGUGAAGCUUAGGAGGUUGAAAAAUCAGAUCACCUCCCUAAAAAAGGAAGAUGGAACUUGGGUUUCAGACCAACAGGGAAUAUCAUCUUAUGUCUCUGAUUUUUUUGAGAAAUUUCAUGAGGCUGAUGAAAUCACGGUUCAUAAUGACCUUCUUGAUAAUAUUCCCAGAGUGUUGGAGGAGGAGGACGUGGCAGGAUUGGAGAGUGUCCCGAGUGGGGAAGAAAUAAAACAAGCUGUUUGGGAUUUAGAUUCUGUAAGCUCUCCAGGUCCUGAUGGGUUCCCAGGUAGUUUCUUCAGGCGAUGUUGGACUAUUGUUGAGGGUGAUUUUUGCAGGGCAGUGAAAAAAUUCUUUGAGGAAGGGCGGCUUCCUAAAGGAAUAAAUAACUGCUUUAUUUCCUUGAUCCCCAAAGUUGAGGGGGCGGCCUCUCUAGAUAGGUUUCGACCUAUAUGUAUGGGGAAUUUUUAUUGCAAAGUGAUAUCAAAAAUUCUAUCUUCAAGAUUACUUGUUGUUUUGCCUAAAUUGAUUUCGGAAGAGCAAGGCGCUUUCCAGCAGGGUAAAAUAAUUUCAGCAAAUAUCAGCCUCGCCUCAGAACUGUCAAAUUUGAUGCAUUCUUCAGUUAGGGGUGGUGGAAUGGGACUGAAGCUCGACGUUCAAAAGGCGUAUGACUCUCUAGCUUGGGAAUUCCUCUUUGCAAUUGAUGGUUCGCUGAAAACUACCUACCUUUCCUCUUCGAUAUGGCCUGGUCUUAAAAAGGUGUGGCGGUGGGUACAGUCUCAUGAGCAAUGGACUGUUGGAAAUGGUCAGAGGAUAAAUUUUUGGAAAGAUAGCUGGCUGGGAAAGAAGUCUAUUGAGGAGAUGUAUGGUUUGCAGUUAGAUAUCUUUGAUUCGAUGCAGGCAAAGGUUUCUGAUUUCAUUUGCCAAGAUGAGUGGAAUUUUCCCCAGUUUGGUUGGAUGAAGCAAAGCAUUGAUGAUUGUUCAUUGGGUAAUCCAGAAAAAGCAGGAGCAGGUGGACUCAGAGACAGCAAUACAAAGGUGAUUUCUUCCUUUAGAUCAUUUCUUGGGAUGACCAAAAACUUUGAAGCAGAAGUUUGUGGCUUGAUUGUGGGCUUGGAUAUGGCCAAGGACUUGUCAUGCUCUAAUCUAUGGAUUGAGUGUGACCCAACGGUGGUGGCGCUGAUGGUUCAAAGAGGGUCAGUUCCUUGCUUUGUUUGGCAGCAUUGGACUGCCCUCCUUGGCUAUGUUAGCAGUGUCCAGUGGAAAGUUUCUCAUUGCUAUUACGAAGUUAAUUCAGUAGUGGACUAUUUUGCAAGAUCAGUUGCAAAAAAAGAGUUUAUCCCUUGCUGCUGA